CUGGGAUUGGAAAGCGGUGUGAUCACUGAUGGCCAAAUUACAGCUUCUUCUGAAGCUGGCGCCAAGUUGGCACCCAGCAAUGCCAGGUUACAUUUAAAGAAACAGAAGACACCUAGAAAGAGGGACGGUGGUUGGUCAGCUAAGAAAAGUGAUGUCAAUCAGUGGCUCCAAAUUGAUCUUUUUGACGAGAAUGCUAAAGUGACUGGUGUAGCUACACAAGGACGAGAAGACAACAACCAGUGGGUACUAGAGUACAAGUUACAGUUCAGUGAUGAUGGAGUGGACUUUCAAGACUACGUGGAACCAGGACAGACUGAGGGAAAGGUAAGUAGAUCUAAUGUUAAACAAACUUGGAGGCUCGAGGCAGCAAGUAUAUUAUUAUACGUAGAAAGCUUAAUGAAAUCCAAAAGCCUGGGUAAUGAUAACUUGAUAAUUUGGUUUUAUCAACUUAGUUGAUAACGUAGAUUAGAAACUCUUAACGCUGACCAAUUUCCACUGUCAACUUACUUGAUAAAACCAAUUUAUCCUGCGCAGUACCACAAUUUCUUAAGAAGCUUACCACUUUUAAAGAUAUCUUGGUUUGGUCCAUAAUCUAAAAUACAUUUCUUUCCGUUACUCCCUUAGGUAUUUACCGGUAACACAGACAGAUCGACUGUUGUUCGUCACGAUUUGAGUCAACCAAUCACGGCUCGUUUCCUCCGUUUUCGGCCUCUCAUUUGGAAGGGGGCCAUAUCCAUGAGAGCGGAGCUCUAUGGUUGCUUGGGUAAUAUAGAAAUAGUUUCUAAUUUCUAGUCGCUACCAUAUAUUUCAUUUUAUUCACCCUUACAUCAAUGAAUUACAUGUCGCGCGAUAAGGUAGCCCAGUUCCGAUUUUUGUAGCACUAUAGUACCCUCUGUGUUGUAGAUUUUGAUAAAAUUAUACGCUUACAAUUGUAACCUAUCGCAAGAUAACCAGUUUUAGUAACCCAGUAUUUAUUUGUAUCAAAAAUAUAGCUCAAACAUGUGCAAACCCUCUCGGCAUGGAAAGUGGUGAAAUCUCCGACGCACAGCUCUCUGCUUCUUCGAAAGUUGGCACAAACCAUGGACCACAGCGUGGACGACUAAACAUUUGGAGACAGUGGUCGUCGAGAGGUGCUUGGUCUGCUGAAACAGAUGAUGUCAAUCAGUGGUUCCAGAUUGAUCUUCUGAGUCAAUAUACAAAAGUGACGGCCAUAGCUACACAAGGAAGUGAAGACAUGAAGGAGUGGGUCACUAAAUACAAGCUGCACCACAGCCAGGAUGGAGUGAAUUUCGAUUCAUAUAAAGAGCCUGGAGAAGCUAUAGACAAGGUUAGACAUGUACUGGAUCUCAGGGCCUCAUUAAGCCAAGCUUAUCCCAGUUUCUGUAACAUUAAACGAAAUGAAGUAUUGCUAUAACCUCUGUAUAGAAUGCUAGUCCAUCGCCAGGUUCCCCUGACCGUUUGCCGUUGCUCAUUUAUGCUCCUGGGUGGAGAGAUGCACUGUGAGAGCUAAGUGCCUUACUCGAGAAUACAUAACAAUGACCCGGUCAUGUCUCUUACCGAGGCUCCUCAACUUGGAGUCAACUGCGAUAACUUGUAGGCAACUUUAUCUCCCACGAAAAUCUAAUUAAAAUAAUAUGUUCUUAACGCAUCGCAAGUUCGACGUCUCCAAGUUCUUAUUACAGCACUCCUAAGUUUAAAAAAAAAACGCGUGAAAUCGUCUCAGCAAUUGUCUCAGUUAAGGUUAUCUACAACAUGUGCUCAAAUAAAUCUGUUGUUAUGUUGCAAAGAGAGAACAAAUCACCAGCUGCUGCCAGACUUGACUUUGAUCUAAUGGAUUGAGUUUUUAAUGAGCUCAAAUAUUGAUUAAUCUUGUGCAGGAUUUUGCGGGAAACAAGGACCAGAACACCAUCGUUUAUCAUAAACUAAAAAAGCCAAUUAUCGCACGUUUCAUCCGAUUUGUUCCCAUGGCAUGGUUUGGACACAUCUCCAUGCGGGUGGAACUUUAUGGCUGCUCAGGUAUAAAUUGAUCUCAAUUAGUUUUUAGUUUAUUUUAUUCUUUAUUUUUCUAAGGGUCUUCCCACACUGUUAUCGCUCAUGCAAAUGCGAACUGCUGGAGUCGAAAGAGGGUUUGUAUAAGAGAAAGUAAUACGGUCUUAAGAAACAACGUCGCUUUAAUGAAUAUACAUACCUUCAUAACUUAUAUCGAAUGUCCUAUCUUAUAGCUAUGUUGGAAAAUUUGGACGAGAACGGAGAUGGAUUUGCCAGCCAAAGUGAAAUAGUAAACUUUGGAUUAGUGUGGCAGGGUGACGUAGACUACUUCGAUCUGAACUGUAAGUGCACAAUUUUUAAAUUUUUACUAAAUUUAAAAGUUGGUCUCUGAUACCUCUUUCCCUGUGGGAAAGGUGACGGUGGUCAUCACGCUCGACACCGGGUCAGGAGAUCUGGAUUCGAGGCCUUACGAGGAAAUUGAAGUGUAUUUGUGGGCAGGACACUCCGCUGUAAGUAGACCUCGGUACACCCAGGAAUACAACUGGUUACUGGAAAACUGUCAGGGAAGCCAGACGAAAAAGUGGGGAGGGAGGGGGUUGGGGGUUGCCUAGUAAUAUCCCUAACUGCUUCAUGCCGCAGAGAUCAGGAUAGGCUUCCCUGCCCAUGACUUCACGAGCGUCUUUCCCAGACUAAAGACAUUUUUAAGAAUGCGUGGUAAUGACGAACAACACCAGUUUUUUUUUUGUCUUUGAAAGGUGUUUCAAAAUACAUAUCUCCACAGAUGAUGGUAAGUUCAAUCUCGAGGAGACCAAAAUACUGAUGUCCAAAGACUUAGAAAAGAAAAAGAUGAUAUGCCAUUUCAAAGCCACUGACACGAACCAUGACUUGUUCGUGACGGCGGAAGAGCUGAAAACACGAUUUGAACAUCUCAAAUAUGACAUUACUCAAGACGGAGUUGUUGAAUUUAUUCAGCAAGGAGACGACGAUGUGGCAGAUAACAAAUUCAACUACAACGGUGGGGAAUUAAAAAUAUCAGUGUCAUAAGUAAAGGGAAAAUAGACAAGCAUCGAUGUGAGUGUGCCAUGAAGUUCCCCGGAUGCGAGAGAACCCUACGUUAUUAAUGAAAACUGAUAAUUUAUAAUGAAUAGAUUAUGAUAAUAUGAUGACGACGAUGACAAUGCAGAUAAAAUAAUGAUGACCAUGAUUAUGUUGACAAUAACGAUGACAGUCAUAACGAAAAUAAGUGGUAAUGAUGGUACUGAUUAGGGUGAUGACACUAGUGAUGGCGGUAACGAUCACUAUGGUGAUUAAUGCUGUUGAAGACGAUAAGGAUGAUUAUGGGGACGGAUGAAAUUGGUCGUUGUGGUGAAGUGGUCGUCAUGGAAUAAAUGUCGGUAUUUGAGCCUACAUUUACAUAUAAGUUUUAAUUGCUUUUUUUAAAUUUGUUUCAGAGUUCAAGAAAGCCAUGUUCAACGCCUGAUACCAGGCCUUCUGCGGGACAUUUGAGGAGAAACGUACUGUCACACAGACAGUCACUUUGUUGUGGCUAAAAAUGUUUUGAUUUGUUUCUUCUCGGUGACUUAGAUUGAUAAAAAAAGAGAUGUAACAAUAAAGAAAUUGAACUCAAUCAACUUGUAUUUAAACCCAUGGGACUCAAGACCCUCCAUAGUAUCCCACCAGUUUACAAGUCCAAAUCUAGUUGAAGUCUCAGGCUUCCGAAUCCCGUUUCUCAGCCCGUUAUUAAUUCAAAUCGUAGCUCCCAGCUAUUACUGGAAUUUCCAUUCAAUUUCAUUGCAUCUAAUCAAGAGAAUAUCUAAUAGAAUUAUCAAAAGAGCAAUUACUGAAAAAAUCUCUCAGAUUUUAUCGAAUCGCGGAUGCAAGGAAACAAAAAGAUUGUUAUAUACUUUUACUCAACAAAACGAGCAUUGUGAUUGGUUGAUUCUUGGUCGCGUGCCCCUGAUCAAAUUCAAAUUUAUCCCGAACGGGAUACAAUUGCGCAGUUGUUGCCCGCGCGCCGAAUACAACAACAUGUUUUUGCCAUAAGAUUGUUUAAGGGAAAGUCUAAAUAUAUACGAAAGCACUUAAUGUAUGGUCCCUCGGGAAACUGGUCAAUCUUGUUUUCCGUCGAGUCCUAAUGUUUCCUGAGACGAAGUCGAGGAAAACAUCAGGACUCUCGGGGAAAAAAAAAACUAACUGUUUCCCUUGGGACCAAAUAUUAAGUAUAUAUUAGUCAGCAACGAUCCCUGCUCGCUCUAGCUAUUCAUCCAUUCGAAAAUGCAAGAUAAUUUUUCUGUUAUAUCAACUGAGUUGAUAAAUGUAAAUUGGCCAUCGAAAGUUUCUAGAACUGCCUAGAUGUAGGGAAAGGACGCAGACUGUCAUAUAUUUCCUUUCCCCGCAUCUAGGCAGUUCAGAAAGUUGCAAAACUCUAGAAAAAAAAUAUAUCUUUAGAUAAACUACGCGGUAUCCUCAAACACUUUUCAAAUCAACUCGUUCCCACCAAAAGUGUAUCUCUAUAUUUCUGUUUAUAAACUACAUACAACCCACAAUCCCAUUAUUCGCUCUGAAGAAGGGCUAACGUUCGACACGUCAGCUUUGGGAACUCGGUAACAAUUUACAUAAUCGACUUAGUUGAUAAAGCCAAAUUAUCUUGUGCUACCCACUCCUCCCCCAAGCGACGUAGUACCACAGUUUCUUUAGAACUUUUCCUCUUUAUUCACACGAAAAAACAUCUGCUUUGAGUAAAGUUUUAAAGGUUGUGUUAUUAUCAGAACUGUAAUUUUUUGUAUUUAUUUAGCAGUUAAGUAUUAGAAAUACUGUUAAGCGUUGUAAGUAGUGUAUUUUCAGUUUUUGUUUGGUAGUGUUUACUUUUUCUUUGUUAGUUUAAUGAUUGUUUAGUUAAGUAACCAUCGUUAACGAUGUUAGAAACCAUGGCAAGUAAUGUAUACAGCAGUACACAUCAGUUUGCUUUACACUUGCGUGUUUUUUUCAGCAAAGUGCAAUUAAAACCUUUAGAAAGGCCAUAUAAUUUAGUUUUAACUACUAAGAAUAUAUCUAGCUAAUAAUGCUAACAUUGUUCGAUUGCACAGAACGGCCUGAUGAAAAUAUAUUGCAGUGGGAAUAUCAAAAUGUUUUCGAAUUAUAAGAAUAAAUGAUAUGUUUAAGAAAACAAAAUAUAUCAUUUGUUGUAGAUUUAGCUUCAAUCUCUGUGAAAUUGAGCCAGAAAGUUGUCACAAAUACGGGUGCUUCCUAUUUGAAAGGAAAACCUUAAAUGUUGCAGCGUCGCCAGCUGAAAAAAAUGAUAAGAUAGAGGAAAUAAGCCAUUAGAAUGCGUUUUUCAUUUUGUUUGAGGAAGAAAUCUGUUCCUUUUCAGAAACAUCAAUUCUCAUUAUCACCAUAAGUAAGAGGGGAUGCUAAUUGCUGUAAACAAUGAUUCUCUUUGUUCCACAGUAGUGCUAAAGCAAUUGAAAAGAAAGAAGAGGGUGUUUACUUUUUGAACACCUUUCAUUCAAAAUCAAUCUACCCUAAGAGAACUGGUUAAACAAAAAUAUUGAAAUGUAGUUAUAUUUAAACCUCUUUGUUAUAUUCAGAAAAAAUGCUAUAAAUCUGUAGUCACAUGGCUUUAUUCACAUGCAUUUCUUUCUCAGCCAAGGUCACUUCGAUUUCCACAGCAAAGGUCAGUGUUCAUUUUUUAAAAGUGAUUUUUAAUUAUUCCGCAUUUUCGGGUCCCAACUUAAAGGUCCUCAAUGUACAUGGAUUACGUAAAUAUCAGAUAUUCCACUUAUCGCAAUAUUAGCCCUGAUGUAAAUUUAAAAUCAUGCUGAUAAAAAUGCAAUCUGUUUUAGCUUUCUUUGAUAUUUAAAUUUUGUUCAGUUGUGGGUUUCCUAGCCUGGAAAACUUUGGUCCAUUCAAGCUGA